CCCACGACAAUGUCCCGCCCGCUCGACGUGUCCACCCUCCCGCCAUCACUGCAGCUCCUGCACCAAAAGCAGCAGGAAUACGCCAGUCUCCAAGCGCUGAGGGAAGAAUCCGCGCGGCUAGUCGAGCGCGUCGAGAAGCUCGCAGAGAUGUCGAAUGUCAUGGCCGACGGAGGGGCAGCGAUCGGCUCCGUCCUCGCGUCCUGGCCGUACGUGUUCAAGAUCCUCGAGCAGAUUGGCGAGGGACGCGCGCCCGCACCCACAGAGGACGCCGACGAGGAAGCCGUGCCCGUCAUGGUCCGGCUACCGUACACCAACGAGAGCGAGGACAAGUAGGCGCACAGGCGAUUGGCGACGCCGUACGCCCGCAAGGCCGCCGCAGCAGUACCCGAGUCGCUCGCUCGCUAGUCGGGCCCACCGUGCCGCGUGCCGUCGUCCAAACCCAAAGAUGCGGAGAUACCUCGCGUAGAUAUCCAAGGUUCACCACCCUUUGUUGUAUUCUGCCCACCAAUGUCACUAGAUUCCAC